AUCAUCUCGUGUCUGUUUCAUUAUGUUGAGUAUUGACAGUAUGCAUUCCACAACUCAACUCGGUUGCUAACCUUUUCGUCUUCUCCCUCAGGCUUCAGCUGUGGGGUUACUAAAAUGUUUUCUUGGAGAUUCUAUAUUUAUUGGUUCAACAUCACAAGUUUUAGCCCAUUGGCCAUCUAAGUUCUUGAAGGAUAGUUGGCAACAAAUGGCAAAAGACAACGACGCCAACACUUAUGAAGAAGCUCGUAAGCAAAGGGUUUUGGACAACAAGAAAAGAUUCGAGGAUCUGGGGAUUUUGAGCAUCUCCAAAAGCCUUUCUGAGGUAUCAAAAUCUGAGAAGAAGUCACAGCAGCGAAGCCUUAGUAGGCCAAAACCAAACGAUGUUUACAUGGUGGAGCCAAGACGGUCAUCACGUGCGCGCACUCAGGUUACUUCAUACCGCGAUGAUGUAGAUGUAGACCUUCCACGUAUGCGGAAGAGAUCAAAGUGGAGUUCUUCAUGGGCAAGUUAUCUGGCUAGACCAAUGGAAGAAGUUAGAGCUGCGUCAUAUGAAGAAAGAUCUCGCGCACGGCUGUCUGCUGAGAAGCUCCAAAGCAACUUACAGUUAGAGAAUCCAUCCUUUAUCAAAUCAAUGGUUCGGUCUCAUGUUUAUAGUUGUUUCUGGUUGGGGCUUCCAAGUUCAUUUUGUGAGGACCAUUUGCCCAAGUCUACUGUAGAUAUGGUUUUAGAGGAUGAGGAAGGCUUAGAGUUUGAGGCUGUCUACAUUAGCAAGAGAAGUGGGCUUAGUGGUGGAUGGAGAGCAUUUGCUCUGGAACAUAAACUGGAUGAUGGUGAUGCUUUAGUAUUUGAGUUGAUUGAGCCAACGAGAUUCAAGGUUUACAUAGUCAGAGCUGUCAGCUGCUCUAAGCAAGAGGAAGGAGGAAGUGAUGCUGGAGAAACACCAAAAGAGAAGACGAAGCAGAGAAAGAAAGACAACACUCGAUCAAAAGAUUCAAUACGGCCAGAAGAAGAUGCUUCCUCAAAGGCUUCAGGUCGGAGGCGGAGUAGCAGACUAAAGUGAUUUCAGAUUUCAAGUAUGUCAAAGCUUUGUUUUUUCGCCUGAAGAAGGUAUUCCUUGUUGAAGGCUUUAGGAUGGAGUAGCAGCAGCAUAUUAAAGUGAUUUCAGCUCACAAGUAUGGCAAAGCUUUGUUUUUGUUGAGGGCAAGACGUACAAAUCGAAAAUGUAUUUCCAAUUCCUCGUAUAGGAUUGUGAGUGACGGAUGGGUUUCUUGUUGAUAUUUGCUUCGGCGCCAUUUUUUUGGCUGCAACCAAGUGGAGUAUAGUAGUUGGUCGCUUCAUUUGUUAACUACAAAUCUGCAAUGACUUGCUGUUCUGCAGAAUUGGUGAUUAA